AAGGAGGUAGGUAUGAGUUGACCAGUCUGAUUGGGUAGGCGUUGGGUCCUCUGUUCCACCACCCUCACCGCCAUAAAACCCCUUUCUCUCAACCACCUCCACCAAUUCCAUUUUUCUCACACAAGUUCUAGAGAGAGAAACACCUUAACCGUUUCCGUCUUCUCUCUCUAAAAUCUCCACCCUCACUUCUUCAAUUCUCACAGGAUCUAGAGAGAGAAAGCUUAACCGCCUCGAUAUUCUCUCUCUAAAAACUCCGAUUCUCCAUCCUCUCACCGGCGAACACUUGUUCAGUUCUUCAAUCCUGAAAUUCUCACAGGAUCUAGAGAGAGAACGCUUAAACGUUCCGAUUUUCUCUCUCUAAAACUCCGAUUCUGCAUCCUCUAGCCGGCGAACAGUUAUUCAGUUGUUCAGUUCUUCAAUCGUGAAAAAAUAGGGCUAAAUAUGCAAUCGAACUCCGUGAAGAUCUCGCCGCUCGAUCUGGUGACUGCGUUGCUAAACGGCAAGGGUUUUGACACAUCGAACGCAUCGGAAUCCGGUGAAUCGACGGUGCCGAUGACGAUAGCGAUGAUUAUGGAGAAUCGUGAGCUGUUGAUGAUACUCACAACGUCGGUUGCGGUUUUGAUUGGAUGUGUUGUUGUUCUAGUGUGGCGGAGAUCGUCGACGAAGAAGUCUAUGGAGCCGCCGGUGGUGGUUGUGCCGAAGAGAAUGCAGGAGGAGGAGGUUGAUGACGGUAAGAAGAAGGUUACGGUGUUUUUCGGUACGCAGACUGGAACGGCCGAAGGUUUUGCUAAGGCACUUGUUGAGGAAGCUAAAGCUAGAUAUGAAAAGGCGGUUUUUAAAGUGAUUGAUUUGGAUGAUUAUGCUGCUGAUGAUGAUGAGUAUGAGGAGAAACUUAAGAAGGAAUCUCUGGCCUUUUUCUUUUUGGCUACGUAUGGAGAUGGUGAGCCAACAGAUAAUGCUGCCAGAUUCUAUAAAUGGUUUACAGAGGGCGAGCCAAAAGGAGAAUGGCUUAAUAAGCUUCAAUACGGAGUGUUUGGCCUUGGCAACAGACAGUAUGAACAUUUUAACAAGAUUGCAAAGGUGGUCGACGAUGGUCUUGUUGAGCAGGGUGCCAAGCGCCUUGUUCCUGUUGGCCUUGGAGAUGAUGAUCAAUGUAUUGAAGAUGACUUCACUGCAUGGAAAGAGUUAGUGUGGCCCGAGUUGGAUCAAUUGCUCCGUGAUGAAGAUGACACGAGUGUUGCCACUCCCUACACAGCUGCUGUUGCAGAAUACCGUGUUGUCUUCCAUGAGAAACCAGACAUGUAUGAAGAGAAUAUUCAAACAAAUGGACAUGCGGUUCAUGAUGCUCAACAUCCAUGCAGAGCCAAUGUGGCUGUCAAAAAGGAACUCCAUAGCUCUGAAUCUGAUCGAUCUUGCACUCAUCUUGAAUUUGACAUCUCUCAUACUGGACUAUCAUAUGAAACUGGGGACCACGUUGGAGUCUACUGUGAGAACUUGAGUGAAGUUGUGGAUGAGGCUGAAAGAUUAAUUGGUUUACCACCAGACACUUACUUCUCCAUCCACACUGAUAAAGAAGACGGGGCACCACUUGGUGGGGCCUCUUUGCCACCUCCUUUCCCUCCAUGCACUUUGCGAAAAGCAUUGGCUUCAUAUGCUGAUGUUUUAAGUUCUCCCAAAAAGUCAGCUUUGCUUGCGCUAGCUGCUCAUGCCACAGAUCCCGCUGAAGCUGAUAGAUUGAAAUUUCUUGCAUCUCCUGAUGGAAAGGAUGAAUAUUCUCAAUGGAUAGUUGCAAGCCAGAGAAGCCUUCUUGAAGUUAUGGAAGCUUUCCCAUCAGCCAAGCCUCCACUUGGUGUUUUCUUUGCAUCUGUUGCCCCACGUUUACAGCCCAGAUAUUACUCUAUUUCAUCCUCCCCAAGAAUGGCACCAAAUAGGAUUCAUGUUACUUGUGCAUUAGUUUAUGAGAAAACACCAGCAGGUCGUAUCCACAAAGGAGUAUGUUCAACCUGGAUGAAGAACGCGGUACCUAUGACAGAAAAUCAGGAUUGCAGUUGGGCCCCAAUAUAUGUCAGAACGUCCAAUUUCAGACUACCUUCUGAUCCUAAGGUCCCGGUUAUCAUGAUAGGCCCUGGCACAGGAUUGGCUCCUUUUAGAGGUUUCCUACAAGAAAGGUUAGCUCUCAAGGAAGCCGGAACUGAGCUCGGGUCAUCCAUUUUGUUCUUCGGCUGCAGGAAUCGCAAAGUGGAUUUCAUAUAUGAAGACGAGCUAAACAACUUUGUCGAGACUGGUGCUCUUUCUGAGCUUAUUGUUGCUUUCUCCCGUGAAGGCCCGGCUAAGGAAUAUGUGCAACACAAGAUGAACGAGAAGGCUUCGGAUCUGUGGAAGUUGCUAUCUGAAGGAGCAUAUUUGUAUGUAUGUGGUGAUGCCAAAGGCAUGGCCAAAGAUGUACAUCGAACCCUCCACACCAUUGUGCAAGAACAGGGAUCUCUAGACUCGUCAAAGGCAGAGCUCUUCGUGAAGAAUCUACAAAUGUCGGGAAGAUACCUCCGUGACGUUUGGUAAAUAGACAGAAGCGACCUUCGUCAGAAACCUGUCAAACCUAUUUGGAAACCGCGUUUGUUAUUGUGGAGCAACGUGUCGAGAAAUUCUUUUAUAUUCUUCUGUGUUAAAUUUUGUAACUUUUACUAUUACUUAUGGUUUGAAACUUUGAAUGUUUUUCUUUUUAUUUUUAUUUCAGUGUAAUUCAUAAGGGUGACUAAUAACAUUAUAAAUAUAUACUAGUAAUUAGACCCAUGUGCGUUGCGGCGCAAGUACAUUGCAAAUAUCGAACGGAUUAAUCGAGGCGUUAUGUGAUGUG